AUGGCCGCCCGAAAACACGACCUACUUGACCUCUCUGGCAGCGAGGACGAAGUCGAUCGCGGCUACGACUCUGAGGAUGCGGCGGAGAGCAAAGGCCGAGCUGUGAAGCGGCGCAGGACGGCGGACAACCAAGAUCCCUUUGGAUUCGGAUCUGACGAGGAGGAGAGCGAUAACGACGAGGAAGAAGAAUCACGUCCAAAGGGAAAGGGCCGCAAGCAAACGAAGACACAAGACGCAGAGGAAGAUGAGGAAGACGACGACGAAGAUGAAGAAAUGGACGACGAAGAAGACGGCGGCGCAAGCCUAGACACAGCGGAUUCCAGACCGAAGAACAAACUGCUCAACAAGAAACUCGCAAAGUUGACUAGCGGUAAACCGCCCAAGAAGGACAAGAGUGGUGUGGUGUACUUAUCAUCUCUCCCACCAUACCUGAAGCCCUUCGCGCUCAAGAACAUGCUCGAGAAGCGAAACUUCGGCCCGAUCACAAAGGUCUUCCUCGCACCCUUGCUCCCGUCCGCCGCCGGCCAGAAGCAAAAAUCCAACAAGCGCAAGCUCUAUACAGACGGCUGGGUUGAAUUUAAGUCCAAGCGGACAGCCAAGCUUUGCGCAGAAACAUUGAACGCCCGAACCAUAGGAGGUCUCAAAUCGUCCUGGUACCGGGAUGACCUGUGGAACAUGAAAUACCUCAAGGGAUACAAAUGGGCCAAUCUGAUGGAACAGAUCCAGAUGGAGCGCGCCACGAGAGAAGCCACCCAGCGCAUGGCUGACCAGAAGGCGAAGCGCGAGGACAAGGUGUACCUCUCUGGAGUGGAGUCUGGUAGAAUUGCAGACGGAAUGAAGAAGAAGGAGGAGGAGAAGAUGAAGAGGCGACUGGAAGAGCAGGACGGGGAAGUGAAGCAAACACAAAAGCCUGCGCGCAAGAUUAGGAGAACGUUCGAGCAGUCCAAGGCUGUGAAGAGUGAUGGGAAAUUGGCGGAUGAUACUCAGCGUGUGCUUGGGAAGAUCUUCUAA